AUGGAAAAGACAUGUACGAGUUACAUUAACGCAGAAUAUUUGCAUUAUUCAGACGUAAAUAUAGCCAAAAUUGUUGAUGAUCUGCAGACGUUUGCAGGUUAUGAAGAUUCCUGUGGUAAUACCGUCAUCGUGAAAAGAGAGGAUAACCAGCCUACUGAUGGAUAUAAAAGGUAUUUACACAUUGUCCAAGGAUAUAUAUGUGAUGUGAAAUACAACAAAGAUGUUCUACACGGACUAGAAGACGUAAAAAGUGCAAAUUACACGAUGGCAGAUGUGCAUUAUUGGGAACAUGAUUAUGGCAACCUACUGCCACUGCUGAUUGGAUUAACCACGGACCAAAAGAGCUACACAUACUACAGCAAAUACAACUACUUGUCAAAUGCAGAACCAUGGGUUGAGGAUUGUAGCAGCCUCUAUACCUCUGAAAAUUUUGGGAAACUCCCAAUAAUUAGCAAGGCACUCGACGACAUUGUUCUCUUGAAUCUCAGCAUAACUGCUGAUUCAUAUGGAGUUAACGGGCAACCAUCGUCACCCGUUAAUCCAGAUGUUAAGAUAGAGGUUGCUGGACCAAACUUGUACCGCAUAUACAAUGAAUACAGGCACGCCCCUAAAGGUCUCAUGUCGCUUUUAUCCACCGUACACAAUGAAACAAACAUCCCGUUUGCAAAUAUCCAACAUUACAACAAAGUGAGUAGCGCAUCAGUCUACUACUGGAGUGAAGAUAGGGAUCAUGAAAAUCCACUAAUUCUUGUUAGCACAUCCCGUGAUGACAUUUCCUACUAUUAUGCAUACAAUAACAACCGAUGGGAAUACGUUGAGCAUAAAUCAGAAGUUAAACACUUUAAUGGCGAUCUAGAUAGACAAAAUUGCGUAUACAAUAAAGCCCAUAGAGUCGAUAUUUCACUCUCCAGCGAGUACUCCUGCAUGUCUUGCAAUAGACAAAAGAUCAACGUUAAGGAAGAUGUCAUAGAGAUUGAAACUGGCAAAUUUACGAGGUUUAAACACUUUAUAAAAGAUGAUGAAAAGUUAUCCGUCGCCUACUUUACUUUUAAUUUUGGCGACAUCCAACAGGGUCUCCCAUCUCUAAGGGAUGUAGAGCACGUCUUUGUCUAUAAAUAUCCAAAGGACGGGGAAAUUUUGCUCGUAGAAGUUCCGUAUGAAGGGUAUAGCAAGUGGUACAAGAAAAGCCUGGAUAAAGAAAAUGAAUGGGAAGUAGAGGCUGAUCUCGAUGACAAUUCCAAGGCUGAGCAAAUUUUAAAAGUAUUAAAAGGACCAAACGCGGAUAUAUCCGCUCCGGAAGAAGGAGAUAAAAACAAAAUUAUACAAACAAGGACAAAUUUUCAUGCAGAUGACCAUCCGAAAAGGCACAUAGAUUUCGUUACUCCCGCAAUAGUCGCUGCUUUAACCCUUAUUGCCGUAUGCUUUGAGAGUUAUAAUUACGUCUACAACCAAAAAAGAAGUUGCAUUCACAGCCUAGCCCGAAUGUUGUGA